CACAGCAGAAGUGAGUGUUAUACCAGCACUGCCAGGGAGAUGGGGGACUAUCCAUAUCCCCUUUCUGUUGAUGGAAACUGGGGUUCCAGCUCCUCCAAAUCCAUCACAAACAAGCUGCAGAUUUACUUCCAGAGUCAGAAGAAGUCCGGAGGGGGCGACUGCAUCGUGAACCAUGACGACAGCAGCUCCAGAGCAUCGGUUCAUUUCAGAACUGCUGACGUUAGGGGAAGAGUGCUGGAGAAAAAGAACCAUGAACUCGUCAUAGACGGCAAGAAGGUGACACUGAGCGUGUCCACAGAUGGACCAACUAAGGGCAAGGGGCAGACUGCAAAGAGGGAGUCUGGUGGGGGUGAGGAACAGGAUCAACCUGCUCAACCCUCAGAUGAAAAGCCUGGAGGAGGAACACCACAGUCUGCAUCGACAACAACGCAAAACCAACACGUCUCCAAGGGUGAGGAGGCAGAGGAAAGUUCAGGUACCACAGGAGCUGAAGAAACAACUCAGACGAACACCAUUCUGCUGGAAAACGUAUCUGAAAACAGCACCACAGAAAUCCUCGGGCUGAUGGUAGAGAGUGUCUGCCAUGUAUCUGCAGAAGAUUUUUCUCUGGAAAUGAUUAGCGACAUAAGCACAGCUGUAAUCACCUUUAACAGCACUGACGAUGCAGCAAGGUUUCUCAGGGAGUGCGGCAACAACAGGAGGUUUGUUCAGUAUGGGCUCAGAGCGAGGGCGAUGGAGCAGAGCAGGAGCAUGAGGGUGGAGAAUCUGCCCCCUCACACCACAAAGGAUCUGCUGGAGCUGUACUUUGAGAGGGAGAAGAAUGGAGGAGGUGCAGUGGACGCCAUUACCAUGGUACCCGAAGAGCAGGCGGCUAUCAUCUCUUUCAAGGACCCCAAAGUUGUGGAAAGCGUGAGGAACAAACCGCAGUGUAUCAGCGGUGUCCCUGUCAAAGUGUAUCCGUACUGCGACUCCUUGGGAACAGCGCUCUACGGUAAAGACCGGCCGAGCUGGAAGACGCCCGACCCUUUCACUGAAAACGUCCAUCCUGCUUUGCUGAAGUUUAUCCUCACAAGGAAGCAGAUUGAGCACAUCAAUGACCAAAUGAAGAUGAAGUUUUGUGAAGUGAAGCCGGAGGGCUCCAGCCUCAAACUCAGCCCGCUGCCGGCCUUGCUGAAACAAAGGGGUCUGACAGCCAAGCACAUCGAUGACUGGAGGAAGAACGCCGCAGACACGUUCCAGAGCAUCAUGUCCAAGUACAAGUCAUUUGAACGCGGUGUGAAUCCCUCUGUGUGGAAGUUAGCCGAGAAGGAGAUUCACCAUGCAGUGAAAGAGGAUGUCCUCCUGGAUUCAGACACGGCAAAAGGAACACUAGCUUUAGCGGGUUUAGCCAGAGAUGUGGAUGAAAUGUCAGAGGUAGUGGAGGAAAUACUGCAGGAGAUCACUAGUCAGAUUGACAGGGAGAAGAAUGGAAUCUCACUGGAGGUCACUGUGUCCCCUGCCAUGCUACACAUACUACAGCAAGAUGGCCUCCAAAAGAAGGCCACUGAGAAAUUUCCAAAACUCAAGAUCUCCUACAGAUCAACUGACAGUAAACUUAUUUUAACCGGGUUACAAAAUGAAGUGUUGAUGAUCCAAAAUAUGGUUCUGGAAAGUAAGAUGCAAAUGAAGGAGAUGCAGGUGGAGCUUGAGCCGAACCUGUUGAGCUUUCUUAAGGAAGUGGACAAUGAGCUGAUCUCCAGGGAUGUCUUUACUUCGCAUGGCAUCAAUGCUCUAUUCAAAGUUGAGAGAGGAGGGGUGGUCAUGAUUGGCAGCUCUGACAAGGCUCUGGACGAUGCAGAGAAGCAGCUGAAGUCUGUCAUUACCUUUCAAAACAUUGACGUAAAAGACCACAAAGUGCUGAAGAAAGCAGAAUGGACGAAGUUAUACACCCAGUUGAAAGAAGCUUACAGCUCCCCCAAGAAGCAUGUGGUGUCCCUGCUAGUCACAGAAGAUCAGAUUACAGUCUCUGGCUUUUGUGAACCAGUGAAGGAGGUCUCUGAGAGGCUGUCAGAUUUCAUUAACACACACAUGUUCAUCGAAGUAGAUGUCCCAGUCAAGUCCAGUGCAGUCCUCAUAUUCAUGAAGGAAAUCAAGGAACAGACCUGGAGGAAUUGUACCAGUGCACAAAAAUUAAACAUUGUCUUUGAUGAAAGAGCACCUGCAAUAAAACUAUCUGGUGAACAAGUCUAUGUCCAGGAAGUGAAGACAUUAUUCCAAAAGAUAGCUGCUUCUCUCCAUGUUGAUACGCUGAAAAUAGACAAGCCAGGGACAAGGAAGUUCUUUGUGGAUAAAGGGAAAAUAAUUACCAUGCUCAUGAGGGAUCACAACUGUGUGGUAGUCCUGCAGGAGGACAACACAGUGCAGUCUAGACUCCAGGAGGAGAUGGAUCAAGACUCAGUGAUGCUCUUUGACAAACCAGCUGAGCGGACCUCCCAAUAUAAUGAGCCUUUAAUGGAUUCGAGACUUCUGAACCAGGAGGCGAAUGCUUCUGAACCUGAAGAGAUGUUUGAAAUGGUGAAAAGCAAGGACGGUCUAUUUGCUCUGCGCACUAAAGAGGGACUGACAGUCACCCUCAGGGAAGGAAACAUCCAAGAGGCAACAACUGAGGUGAUUGUCAAUACCAUCUCCAACAACUUGGACCUCAGCAUGGGAGCAGUGUCCAAAGCCAUCUUAAGUGCUGCUGGCCAAGAGCUCCAGGCAGCCAUUAAAAAAGCUUGCAGCACAGCCCAAGCUGACUAUGGUGACCUGUUGAUCACUGAAGGCUGUGACCUGAAGUGUAAGAGGGUGUUCCAUGUGGUCUGCCCUGGUUGGGACAAGGGCGCAGGAAAAGCAGAACAGACACUGAAGAACAUAAUUAAAGACUGCCUUGAAGCUGCUGAGGGAAAGGAACUGAGAUCUCUGUCAUUCCCGGCCAUCGGUACCGGAAACUUACGUUUCCCCAAACCCUUAGUUGCUGAAAUCAUGCUAGAUGAAGUCUCAAAAUUCAGCUGCAAGUCAAACACAAAUGCUCUACGGGAAGUGCUUUUCAUCGUACACCCCAGUGACAGAGAAACUGUUGAGUGUUUUACAAAAGCUUUCCAAGAACAUUCAGAGAAGAAGACCAGACAGCACUCUCGUGGCCAGUCCCAAAAGGACAGUGAUGUUGACCAGGUCUCGAUGCUGAACCCAACAACAAGGGCAACCACAAACACAGCCACAUCCCCAGCCGAUACCCUGUCUACGCACAGCGUUCAGAUCGGGAACCUAACCCUCGAGCUGUCAUCAGGUGACAUCACAAAGCAGGCCACUGAUGUCAUCAUCAACUCCUCCAAUAGAAACUUUGAUCUCAAAUCAGGUGUAUCAAAGGCCAUUUUGGAAGGAGCUGGACCAGCUGUUGAGGCAGAGUGUAAAGAAAAAGCCAAACAGUCAAAUCCAAUGAUCACGACAAAGGCUGGAAACCUCCCAUGUCAGAGCAUCAUUCACAUCGAUACAUCCAAUCAGGAAACCAAAGAGAUCAUGUACGGAGUUCUGCAGGAGUGUGAGCAAAACAAAUUUAGCUCUGUCGCCCUCCCUGCUCUUGGUACAGGACUGAGAGGAGGAAGUCCAUCUGACGCCGCAGAUGAAAUGAUCAAAGCUGUGCUCAGGUUUGAGAGGAAGAGGAGUAGCCAAUGUGUGAAGUGUGUGAAGAUAGUCAUCUUCCAGAAAGAGAUGUUUACAGUAUUUCAGAAAAGAGUGGAACAAGCAGAGAAAGAAGCACUGAACAUGGAAAAGAGCUUUCUUUCUAAGAUGAAAGAUGGUUUCAAUAACUUGAUUUGGGGCUCCAAAGAGAAUGAGAAGAAGGUAGAUUUCCACAAACAAGCCAAGUUCAAGUUCACAGAAGUGCAGUUCCCUCCAGCUGUCAUUCAGUUCUGUGCAGAGAGCCCCCAGGAUGUAGCCACGGCCAAAACUCAGAUGCAAAUGCUGGUUACACAGGAGCACAAGGAGAAAACCAUUAAAGACCAAUGCAUUGCCAAAUUCUCCCAGGAGGACCUUAAGAAGCUGGAUGACCUGCAGAAGACACUGUCGAUUCAUAUUCGGUUGGAGACAGGAGGCCCGGAGCCAUGCAUUAAGCUGGAGGGUCUGAAUUAUGAUGUAAUUACUGCAGACUGCGAGAUAAGAGACAUUAUCAGGGAGCUGGAAAAGGCUGAGAAUCUUGAACGUGAGAUCACCCUCCUCUCUAGCUUGGUGGAGUGGCAGUAUGAGGACAGGGCUGGCGGCUUUGUGCCGUUCGAUAAGCAGGCAAACCACACCCUCGAAAAGGCCUUAGAAAAUGAGAAAACUCAGGUUACAGUCAAGAUCACUGACAUUGACCGUCAAGCCGAUCUGAUCAGCGGAAAAGUCCAAAUAGGGAAACGCGACGCUGAUAUAAGAAGAAUUGUCCUAAAAGGUGAAAGCCUUCCAGAUGACUGGGAUGACAUGAGUGGUUCAGCUGUGAAGCUGGUCGAGCUACGACCUGAUUCCAAGGAGUUUAAAGAUGUGGAAAAUGAUUUCAGAGAGACCUGCCGUGAUCUCAAAAUUAAAAAGAUUGAAAGAGUACAGAAUGCUACACUGUGGAAAAGCUACCAGAUUCGGAAGAAGAACCUGGACGACAAGAACGGACACAGUAACAAUGAGAGACAACUCUUCCACGGGACCAAUGUGGACACAAUCCCAAAAAUCAACACCAAUGGCUUCAAUCGCAGCUACGCUGGAAAGAACGCUGCUGCAUAUGGAAAUGGUACAUAUUUCGCAGUUGAUGCCAGGUACUCUGCGGCCAACGCAUACUCAGUGCCCGAUAACACUGGCCAGAAGUACAUGUACCUCACAAAAGUCCUGGUUGGAUAUUACACACAAGGGAAUCAAGGCCUGCCUGCACCUCCACCAAAGAAUACCACAGAUCCCACAGAUUUAUAUGACAGCGUUGUAGAUAAUGUACAAAAUCCCAAAAUCUUUGUCAUAUUUAAUGAUGUCCAAGCUUAUCCCGCAUACCUGAUCUCAUUCAAAUGAUUGAACAUCCUACACACACACUGUAAUCUGAAUUCAGACUCAAGUACAGUGGGCAUACUGUAUCACUGGAGUGAGGGUUCCUUUCAGUCUCAGUUUUUUUUUUUUGUGU